AUGUCCGCUAACGUGUCCACUAAAGUCAAGCGUCCCCGCGUCCCCGAUUGGUUUCCGGACCUGGGUUUCAAGCACCCAUCGUCUGAUGCGGAUUUUCAUGCUGUGUUUCUCGUCUUUGAGGCUCGCGUCCGCGAAGCUUUGUCCAAGAAAGAACACGCGGCUCCGACAGUUUUUCUGCAGCAUUGGGUUCCAAUGGCGAGAGCUAUGCUUCCAUUGAUGGCCUACGCGAAGAAGGCCAGUAAAAUUCAGCCGCCAAUCCUGCUGGAGCGCGCGUUGGUGGGCGGUCUGCCAACAGAUGACGCCCGCUUUCCAAUUAAAGCGGCAGACCUCUCCGCCUCCGACUUUCAACGCCCCGCCGAUAUCGGCACCGAGUUGUGGUGGAGUGAGUGGGGAACCCCAGUGGUCCACACCAAUAACCUGCCCAAGGAUGUGCCCGCUGUGGAAGAACCUAGGGUUCCGCCCGCCUCUCUCCUCUUCUCCGACGUCAAUGCGAUGGCGGAUCCCCAGGCUACUCAGGCGCCCGCUUCACCAGCAUUAUCCCGCCAAAGCGACACUCCGACAGCGGCCCCACGUGAAAAGGAACGCCCGGCCAAGCGGCGAAGAGUAACCGCUGCAGAAAGUGCUGCAGCAAGUACUGCUCCCCAACUCCCCAAGCGUAAGACAGUUCGAGCGGGCGGACGCGGUGGUGCUGUUGACCAAGCAUCCGCCUCGAUGAGUGCAUCUCCCCAACCAGCCGCGAGUGGGUCUACUCACAAAGGCGAUGACACUGUUGCCUCCAUCAGGGCCGCUCAGCGAGUCCAGUCGGUUGCCAUUUCAAAGCUGCGGUCCGAGCUGGAAUUGUUAGGGCAAGAGAUCGUCAAGGCCAACCGCCGUCUUGAUCGGACCCCUACCAUGGAACUCGCGGAUAGACUGGAGGCGCGGAUGGAUGCACUUCAGGCGGGCCACACUAUCUUACAGAGGGAACGUGAGAUUCAGGACUUUAUGCUGAAGGCCCAGCAUGACCAAAUCGCGACUUUGACGGAGGAGAAGGCGGCGGCGCAAGCGGCCAGGGCAGCUCGGAAAGCGGACAAGCUCGCUCGCUCGGCGGGGCGUCAGCCGCCAGCCAACUAA